GUUGACGACGACGAUUGGACACCGAGAGAUGUCAAAUCAGUGUCCAGCACGGGACCGGAUUUCUGCUUAAAACCACCAAUAUAAUACUUACAAAAAAAAUUAACAAACAAACGCAAAUCAUCGUCACCAUAAAAUAAUCAAAUUUUUGCGAUCGCAGCAACUAUUGCUUCGUUUUUUCGAGAACAGUUUUCCAAAUUCAGUGAAGCGCAAAUUUUCUAGCCCCUGAACCGUUUUAUUCUCUGUUGAAGUGUUGUUGCGUUUGGAGCAGUGUAAUUAGAAGAAAAAAAUAUAGAAAGAAGUUUUAAAAUCAUUCAACAUUUCUAGAAGAGUGGCUGCAUUAUCUUCUAGUGAAAGUGCACCAGAUAUUGAAAAAAAAAUACCCGUCCCGCUUGUUAAUGUCACGUCGCGAAAAAUCAAAGCAAGCCAGUUUCUAGUUGCUAGUUUUUAGUUUAGAGUUUUUUACACCUAUCGAAGCAACCUCUCGCAGAUGUUCUUCGAUGUUAUUCCAACCGAAACCUGAAAGCUAAAAAAAAGUACGGGGUGGCCAUGAAAAAUCUGGCUGGAUCUCGGAUUGUUGUGUUGAGCCACAGCUGCGCAGAGCAGAGAGUUGCCGAAGCCGCCGCCGUGCGUGAAUCCGUUGCGAUCGUGAAUUUCGUUUGCGUCACCGGACGACCCACCGUCCAAACUAGUUCCUGGGGCCCCAGUCAAUGCCUGGCCGCACCUGGUGCGUGCCCGUAUUGUGCCCCCGUAACGCAUCAUUGUUAGCAGGCCUUGGAAAUCUGAGGCUCUCAUUGUUGGCCAUAUAGACAAUGACCGACGACCUCGAUUCGAUAUCUGAGGAAGAACGUAGUUUGUUCCGUCCUUUCACCCGGGAAUCAUUAGCCGCUAUUGAAGCACGCAUCGCCGAUGAAAAAGCAAAACAGGCCGAGCUGGAACGGAAGCGAGCCGAGGGGGAGAAUGGUUUUGGUCGGAAGAAAAAGAAAAAAGAAAUUCGCUACGACGACGAAGACGAAGAUGAAGGUCCACAGCCGGAUUCCACACUUGAGCAGGGAGUGCCGAUCCCUGUUCGAAUGCAGGGCAGCUUCCCCCCGGAAUUGGCCUCCACGCCUCUCGAGGAUAUCGACAGUUACUACCGGAACCAGACGACCUUCGUAGUAGUUAGCAAAGGAAAGGAUAUUUUUCGUUUCUCCGCACACAAGGCAUUAUAUGUACUCGAUCCGUUCAAUCCCAUACGUCGUGUAGCGAUCUAUAUUUUGGUGCAUCCCCUGUUUUCGUUCUUCAUCAUUACGACCAUCCUGGUUAAUUGUAUAUUGAUGAUCAUGCCUGGCACGCCGCGAGUCGAAUCUACCGAGUAAGUAUUGCUUUCUGGUUUUCCCACUUUAUAAUUGUGUUUUUUCUUCCUAUCUCUCUCUCUCAAUCGCCCUUUCUGUUGUAUCAUUCAAAAACCAAAACCCUUUAGAUUUUGAACAGUCUCAACACUAGAGGAAGCCUCACAAUAUAUAUUCAAAAUAGAUUUUAUAGAAUUUAUCAAACCAAAAUAAACAAAAUGUAACCAGAACAAUAGAUAGAUAGAAUCUUGAUGUCAGUUUGUUGUCAAAUUCUUGGAAUGAGUUUUUAUUGACUUUUUUGUUGUUCAU